AUGGUAUCCUCCCUCCUCCCUCGAAUAGCCCGCCCGGCGACACACCUCGCGCGCCAUGCCCCUCGACUUCUCUGCCCUCACACCGCCGUCAGAUCAGCGUCGACGUCGAAAUCAAAGCACCCCAGCGGCUUCACGCCUCCGUCUAGGGAAGACCUCUACGAACUCCGCGAACGCGUCCAAGAGUUCACGCGGCGCGAGAUCCCCGAAGAGAUCGCAGCCCGAACGGACUCGGUCAACGAGUUCCCCGACGAGAUGUGGAAAAAGCUAGGCGAGGCCGGGUUCCUGGGCCCGACGGCCGACGAAGAGUACGGCGGGCUCGCCAUGGGAUACCAGGCACACUGCGUGAUUCUCGAGGAGCUCAGCCGGGCGUCGGCGUCGAUCGGGCUCUCGUACGCGGCGCACUCGCAGCUUUGCGUGAACCAGCUGUGCCUGAACGGCAGCAAGGAGCAGAAAGAGCGCAUCCUCCCUGGCCUGAUCUCGGGCGACAAGGUCGGCGCGCUCGCCAUGUCGGAACACUCGGCCGGCAGCGACGUGGUGAGCAUGAAGACGACCGCCCGGCCCGUGGACGGAGGAGGGUACAAGCUGAACGGGACCAAGAUGUGGAUCACCAACGGGCCCGACGCCGACUACAUCGUCGUCUACGCCAAGACCGAGCCCGAGAAGAAGAGCAAGGGCAUCACGGCGUUCAUCGUCGAAAGGGGCUUUGCCGGGUUCAGCGUCGCGCGGAAGCUGGACAAGCUCGGCAUGCGCGGCUCCAACACGGGCGAGCUGGUCUUCGAGGACGUCUUUGUGCCCCCGGAGAACGUCCUCGGCGAGGUCAACAGGGGCGUCACCGUGCUCAUGGAGGGCCUCGACCUCGAGAGACUCGUCCUCAGCGCGGGCCCGCUGGGCAUCAUGCAGGCCUGCCUGGACCUCGUGCUGCCGUACACGCACCAGCGGAAACAGUUCGACGUGCCCAUCGCCCACAACCAGCUGGUCCAGGGGAAGCUGGCCGACAUGUACACCAAGUUGCAGGCCAGCAGGGCCUACACGUACGAGACGGCCCGGAAGGUCGACGAGGAAGGGGAGGUGCGGACCCAGGAUUGCGCCGGCGCCAUCUUGUACGCCGCCGAACGCGCCACCGAAUGCGGCCUCGACGCCAUACAGUUGAUGGGCGGCAACGGCUACGUCAACGAGAUCCCCGCCGGAAGGUUACUGAGGGACGCCAAGCUGUACGAGAUAGGCGCGGGUACAAGUGAGAUUCGGAGGAUGGUUAUUGGGAGAGCGUUUAACAAGGAGUACAAAGACCAGGGCUUAUAG